UUUGGUUACUUAGGUCAAUAUUCACACUUUGAUAUUAAUUUGGUCACAUUUUUAUAUUUCCAAAGAUCUAUUUUGGAUCACAAAAUUAGGCUGGCAAGGGAUCAAGAUUUGCUUGCUAACUUACCAUCAAUGCUGAUCACAUGCAUGAGCCCAUUUCACGGUAUUAUAUUUCCACAUUCAUACUUACCUUAAAUUCUACUCUAAAAAUUACAACCUAUCACGUUUAAUUUUCUUUAAAUUUGUGUAAUAAACAUGCACAUGACAUAACCUAAUGUAGCAUCACAAUGAGAGAGCUUUCCCUCCACUCUCUCCGAUGUGUUUUCAAGCCUAUCUUCGUCUCAAUACUACUGUGUUUGUUGGUAUCUCCUCUUGCCACGUCAACAAACCUAAGAUACCCUAAACAACAAGAGAGAGAUAGGAUCAUCAAACUUCCCGGGCAACCAUCGAAUGUGAGUUUCUCACAAUACUCGGGCUACGUCACCGUGGACGCGAAGGCGGGCCGGGCCCUUUUCUAUUGGCUGGUGGAGGCGAGCAAGAAGCCCGAAUCAAAGCCGCUAGUCUUGUGGCUCAAUGGCGGGCCGGGCUGCUCUUCCAUUGCUUAUGGAGCAUCAGAGGAAGUCGGCCCGUUUCGUGUCCGGCCCGACGGCCAGACACUUUCCUUGAGCCGUCAUGCUUGGAAUAGAGAGGCCAAUUUGCUGUUUCUUGAUUCACCAGCUGGUGUUGGUUUUUCAUACUCAAAUUCUUCAUCUGAUCAAAGAACUGGUGACAAAAGAACAGGUUCAAUUCCACUAUUUAUAUAUGUAGAAAUCUUAUGUAUUGCUGCUUUAGUUCAUCAUUUAACGAAAUUUGAGUUUAUUUACUUUUCAAAAUGUACAGGCAAUGAUGCCUACCAAUUUUUGAGAAGAUGGUUUGAAAGGUUCCCUCAGUUUAAGUAUAGAACAUUCUACAUUGCUGGUGAAAGCUAUGCAGGUCAUUAUAUUCCCGAGCUAUCCAAAAUCAUCGUCGAUCGCAACAAUCCCAUCAUCAACUUCAAAGGUUUCUUGCUUGGCAAUCCGCUGAUCGACGACUUUUACGACAACAUCGGCACGUUCGAGUUCUGGUGGAACCACGGCUUGGUCGGUGACUCGACCUACUCUCAACUCAACGAGUCGUGCCCGCGCGACUCGUUCCUCUUCCCUUCAGACGAUUGCUACACAGCACUCUCCGCUGCCUACGCCGAGUUCGGAAACAUCAAUCCCUACGCCAUCUACCAAAGCCCCUGCGACCAGCUCGCCACUCUCGGCAAAGCCCCCUUGCCUUGGAAGUUUAGAGGGAACGAUCAGUGCGUUGUGAAGUACACGAAAUUGUAUAUGAACAGAGCAGAUGUGCAAAGGGCUCUUCACGCCAACAUUACAGGAAUCCCUCAUCCUUGGGUCACCUGCAGCGACGUCAUAAGAGGGGGUUGGACUGAUUCACCCAGAUCAAUGCUUCCAAUUUUUCAACAGCUUAUAGCUGCUGGCCUCAGAAUAUGGGUAUUUAGUGGUGACACUGAUGCUGUAUUGCCACUAACUGCAACACGUUAUUCCCUCAAAGCUCUAAAUCUACAAGUCAACACCACAUGGUAUGCUUGGUAUGACAAACAUCAGGUUGGAGGAUGGAGCGAAACAUACAAAGGGCUGACGUAUCUGACAGUAAGAGGGGCAGGACACGAAGUUCCAUUAACUCAGCCUAAGCUUGCUUUAACUCUAUUUAGGCAUUUCUUAGCCAAUCAAAUGUUGCCUAUGACACCUCAAUAAUACAGAUUGUAUUAUUCUUUGUUGUCGAUUUCGUAUUUCACAGAGCAGUUUGUUGGAAUUAAUGAUUAUUUUUCAUUUUACGACAA